AUGGAGGAAGAUAUCACCGAAGUACUUCAAUAUAAUCGCGAGUUGCAAACGAAUCUACAAAAAAAAAUUGGUGCUGUUGAAGCUGCGAUUGCAAAAAAUAUUAACCUUCAGAAUAAGCUGAGACGUCUUAAAAGGAAUGGAGUUGCUACGGAAUCAGCUGAGACAAUUGAUUUUGGACCACCAUUUUUUAUAGAUAUUGAUGGUAAAGUACCACCUAAUAAUGAUGAUAUUCGUUUAAGAGAACGUCCCAAAAAGUUUAAACCCAUUAAAUGGCUCCAACAUGAAAAGGAAGCGUUGGCACGAGGUGUCCGUGAUCAAAAUUUCCGCAGAGAAUGUCUUAAGGCUAUGCAUUCAGGCCAAAAUUUAGAAUUGAUGCUUGAAAAAGAUGCACAAUAUUUCCUUAUUAAUGUUGAAGGGCUGGAUUGGUGUGAAUUAUCUAAGCAAUACGUCCCAAACAAGACACCUGAAGAAUGUAUAAUUCAAUGGACAACUCAUGAGCACCCAAGUAUUAACAAAAGUGAAUGGACAAUUGCAGAAACUAAAAAAUUACGUCAGAUUGCAUCACGUAACAAAAAUCGUAACUGGCAACGAAUCGCAAUGGAAUUAAAUACAAAUCGCACAGCGGCGGAUUGUUUCAAACAAUGGAAUAAACAAACUAAUGGCCCACGUAAAUGGUCAAAAGAAGAAGAUGAAAUAUUAGCUCGUGCUGUUGAUUUAUACGGUGAAAAAAAUUGGCAACAAAUUGCGGGUUGUCUUGAAAACCGAACGGGACAACAAUGUCUUCACCGUUGGACAAAGACAAUGAAUCCAGCUAUACGACGUGGUAGAUGGAAGACGGAAGAAGACGAAGCUUUAAAAAAUGCUGUGAGUAUGUAUGGUGUUGGAAAUUGGGUGAAGAUUCAAAAAUUUGUCUUGGGAAGAACUGAUGUUCAAUGUCGUGAACGUUGGAUGAAUGUUUUAAGUCCUGCUAUUAAAAAAGAUCCUUGGACAGAAGAGGAAGAUAAAGAAUUAAAGAGAUUAGUGAGGUUAAUUGGUGUCGGUAAAUGGUCUAAAAUUUCUGCCGAAAUAAAUGGUAGAACCGAUAACCAAUGUUGGCGAAGAUACAAAAUUUUGAUGAAACAAGACGAAGAUUUUGAAAGAGAAAGGGAAUUCACAAUGAAUACUCCUCCCAGUGAACUUAAUUUGUACCCUAGGUACCCACAGUAA